UAGAUCGGUGACUUAAUCACACUGAGGAGCCGGCGUUGCAGUUUAGUGACGUAAAGACAAACUUUACCGAUUGGGACUUGCUCUGGAAGCACAGCUCAACUCAAAGCUGUUCACUGCUCUGACUGCUGGAAUGAUUGCAAGGAGUUUCAUUUUCUUAGCUGGGCUGUUCAUCUCUCAGGCCGUUUUCUCUGUGGCAGACCCAUGCUGCUCUAAUCCCUGCCAGAAUAGAGGCGUGUGCCUGACAUUUGGUCACGAACGAUAUGAAUGUGACUGUACGAGGACAGGAUAUUAUGGGGAAAACUGCACCAUACCUGAAUAUCUAACGUGGCUAAGAGUCAACUUAAAACCGUCCCCCAACACUGUGCACUAUAUUCUAACCCAUUUUAAAGGAGUGUGGAACAUAAUUAAUAACAUUCCCUUCUUGCGUGAUGCCAUUAUGCGAUACGUCUUGACAUCAAGGUCACAUCUGAUCGAUAGCCCUCCUACAUUUAACAGCCAUUAUGGCUACAAAAACUGGGAGACUUACUCCAACAUUUCUUAUUACACCCGAUCGUUGCCUCCAGUUGGCAAUAACUGUCCAACCCCAAUGGGAGUGAAAGGAAAAAAGGAACUUCCCAACUCCAGCGAGGUUGUUGAAAAAUUCUUGCUUAGAAGAAAGUUUAUCCCCGAUCCACAGGGGACAAAUAUCAUGUUUGCUUUUUUUGCUCAGCACUUCACUCACCAAUUUUUUAAGACGGAUACCAAACGUGGAGCGGCCUUCACUAAAGCAUUAGGGCAUGGGGUUGAUCUGAACCAUGUCUAUGGAGAAACCUUGGACAGGCAACAUAAGUUACGUUUAAAGAAAGAUGGCAAGCUAAAGUUUCAGGUCAUUGAUGGUGAAAUGUAUCCUCCAACUGUGAAAGAGGCAGAGGUGGAAAUGAUAUAUCCCCCCCACGUGCCCGAACAUGUUCGAUUUGCAGUAGGGCAAGAAGUUUUUGGUCUGGUCCCCGGGUUAAUGAUGUAUUCAAUAAUCUGGUUAAGGGAGCAUAACAGAGUUUGUGAUAUCUUGGUGAAGGAACAUCCAGAGUGGGAUGAUGAGCGUAUAUUCCAAACUACAAGGCUUAUUUUGAUUGGUGAGACCAUAAAGAUUGUCAUUGAAGACUAUGUGCAACACUUGAGUGGUUAUCACUUCAAGCUCAAGUUUGACCCCCAGUUAUUGUUUAACCAGAAAUUCCAGUACCAGAACAGAAUUGCUGCUGAAUUUAAUACCCUGUACCACUGGCACCCACUCCUGCCCGAUACAUUCCAAAUCAGCGAAAAGGAAUAUAGCUACAAACAGUUUCUCUACAACAAUUCUGUCAUUUUGGAACAUGGCAUAGCAGAGAUGGUUGAGUCUUUCACCAGGCAAACUGCUGGGAGGGUUGCUGGAGGCAGAAAUGUCCCUGCUGCAGUGUUUAGAGUAGCUGUGGCUUCAGUUGAACACAGCAGAGAGAUGAGAUACCAGUCGAUGAAUGAAUACAGGAAACGUUUUAAUCUAAAACCUUUUAAGUCCUUUGAAGAACUGACAGGUGAGAAAGAAAUGUCAGCUGAACUUGAAAGUCUGUAUGGUGAUAUUGACGCUAUGGAACUCUAUCCUGGACUUCUUGUGGAGAAACCAAGAGAAGGAGCCAUUUUUGGAGAAACUAUGGUAGAACUUGGUGCGCCAUUUUCUCUUAAAGGUCUGAUGGGGAAUCCAAUUUGCUCUCCCGAAUACUGGAAGCCAAGCACAUUCGGGGGGAAUGUGGGUUUCGAUAUUGUAAACACCGCUUCUUUGCAAAAACUGAUCUGUCAAAAUGUCAAGAACUGCCCGUACACUUCAUUUAAUGUUCUGAAAAGUGAUCAUGCUAAGACGGCAACCAUUAAUGCCAGCUCAAACUCUGCUCCACAAGAGGUGAACCCAGCUUUACUACUGAAAGAACUUUAAGGAUGUCACAAAUCGGGCACAACUUCUCAAAACCUUUCAGCUGGUUUAAAACACAUCAUUCCAACUACUUAAAAGAGAUUACUAAAUAUGGUAGUCAUGUGGCAUAAUUGUGUUUUUAGAACACAUUUUCCACGAAUAAGAACACGUUUGCCAGCUGAUGCUGCUAUAUUUAUGUUAUUUAAUGGAGUCUGCAUAUUCUCUUGGUUAAAUGUAUACGUGUGGGUAUUUAAAUUUCUGAUUGAACCUGCACUCUCAGCAGUGUGAAACUACCAAGCCAAAAGUUACUAAAUAUAUAAGAUUUUUCGGAAAAACAAAUGCUAACCUAAUUACAAGACAUACGACGGCUAAUACUUUCUGAAAUGCUCUCCAUAAAAUAACAUGAUUUGAGAAGUA